AACCAUCUACAGUAACUCGCAAAAAUGAAUUUAUUGUGAGAAGUCAAAUGAUUGGAUUGAUGGAUAGAAAUGAUACAUCAAAAGACAGUGUUACUAAGAGAAGAUUUGAAAGGAAUAAUAAUGAUGGUAGAAGUUAUGCUCGCAGUGGCAAAAGUAAUGACAACAGCGGCAAUGAUAAUUAUAGUGAUGAUUAUAGGGGUGAGAGUAGUGAUGUGGAUGGCAAUGAUGGCACAAAAGACGCAAUUGAUGCUUUAAUCGACAAAACACCCGGCCCUUGUGAAGUUUGUAUAUUAUUAGUUUCCCGAACUUACUCUCCCAAAGAAUUAGAACUAUUUCCUAGUUAUCUCUUCACUAAAUUACGCCCUAGAGUUCUUGUUGGUUGUGUAGUCGACAAAGUUUAUACAUCUUCAGAUUCCAUUGAGUUUGGUCAUGGCAUUUCUUUGUUUUUAGGCGGAUUGGGUAAAAAGGAAAAUAAUUGGAGAUUCGAUGAAUUUUGUGAUAACGUGCAAGGUUCAAGACGAGAAUAUAAAACCAAUUCUGUUGGGCGAUGGUCUACACUAAAUACAGAAAUGAAAAGUAAUAUGUUAGAAAUAAAUGAAUAUAACCUUAAUAAAUUUCAGUCCAUAUCCACUAUACCACAUGAGUUUGAAUUACCCGACGAGUUAAAAGUUCUCAAGGAAAAAAAUAUCUGUCCGGAUUUAUUUUUCUUGAUUUCGGAUGCUGAACCAUACCAAUUUUUAGAAUCUUUGGAUCAUCAUUUUCCUCAAAGUCGUCCAUUUAGUCUUUUCAAAAAUAAUAACACUUUAUCAAGAGGUAUUGUUGGUCUAGCAUUUACAUCAAUGACCUCAACAUCCACAAUAAAAAAACAAAUUCAAGUUGACCAUCAAGCAUUGUGUUCAAUUGGAGAACCAUUAAAAAUUACAAAUUGUCAAGGAAACAUUAUCAUAGAAUUAGAUAGCUUAAAUCCUACAGAACUACUGUUAAAGAGAUUCCAAUCUGAAAAUAUUGGUCAGGCAUUAUCUAAAGAAACAGAAUAUUAUUUAGGUAUAUAUGAUGUCGAAAAUAAACUUGAUGAAUCACUACUAAUGGUUAACAAAAUCUUGAGUGGAGAUCCAGUACGUGGUAAUAUGGCCAUUGAUACUACUAAAAACUUGAAGAAUGGACAGUUCGUCAAGUUUAUGUACAGAAAAGAUUAUUCGAAAUUCGAAUCAAUUCCAAAGAUUUCUAAUAAUAAUGGUAUAAAUCUAGCGCUAGCGAUAUCAGAUAAAGAGGAGAUGGACAUUUCUGCUUCUUCACCAACCUUGAACAGAACAUUUACAGAAAAAAAUAUUUUUGGUGGAAUCAGUGAAAAUGGAAUAAUUGUUGGAAAAGGUGCUAUAAGUGAAAAUCAAAUUGGUACUUCUUGGCAAACAUUACCGAAUCCUCGAAUAUCAUCAAGCCUUCCUUUAUCAAGAUUACAAAGUCAUUCUCCGAUAUUUCACAUAUCAAACAAUCCUUUUAAUAUAAGAUUUUCAACUAAUAUUUUAAAUAAUGUUUUUGGAUCAAUUGUUAAACGAUUACCAAAAUUUUGGAAAAUAUGGUUUACUAUUGGUGUGAUAGUGGGAAUUAUAACUUUCUUAUUUGGUAUUGGCACCAUGAUUGUAGCUAGUUGGAAACUUUUAAUAGCGAUAUUUGAUUUACUUGGAUCAAGUUGGUCUGCCGAGACGCAAAUUGUAUCACCAGAUAUAGUAAAAAGGAGCUUUGAAGAUAGUAAUGUUCAACAUUAUAUCAAUGAAAAAGAUCAUCAAGUAUUUAUUCCUGUGAUUCCUGGUAUUACUUUACCAAUUUCACAUUUUUGGUAUUAUCUUUUGGCGCUUUUGAUAUGUGGAGUAAUCCAUGAGGCCGGUCAUGCUCUUGCUGCCGCAAAGGAACGUAUUGAGAUUAAAUCGACGGGAAUAUUUCUAUAUAUCCUUUAUCCUGGAGCUUUUGUAGAAUUUGAUUUACAUGAAUUAAAAGAACUUUCAGCCCUUAGACAACUUCGCAUAAUAUGCGCAGGAGUGUGGCAUAAUGCUGUCUUAUUUCUUUUGGGUACAUUAUUACUUAACACUGGGUUGUUAACAAUGUUUAUGGGUAACACUGCUUGGAGGCUAGUGGAUGGUCUCGGAGUUAGUGUCGUUUCUGUUGAAAGUGAUACUGCAUUGUCUACUUAUUUAAAACCUUCAAUGUUAAUAACGAAAUUAGAUGAUUUCGACUUGUCAGGAUCAUCAUUAGAUAGUUGGAAUGAUUAUCUUUUACAAAAUGAAAAACUAUAUAUUGACUCUUUAGGAUUUUGUGCUUCAAAAAAGGAUUCAGCGUCAUUAGAUUGUUGUGAUAUUUCUAUUGACCAUCCUUAUGGAAAUGCAAAAGAUAAUAUGACUUCAUGUUUCAAGAGAAUUGAUGAGAACAAUGAACAUAAACAGGAAUUAUCAUGUUUACCCACAAUACCAAUACUUGUAAAUAUUGACGCACAACGUUGCCUUAAUGAUGCUGAUUGUUCAUCUGCUUCGUCAAUGUGUGUUUUACCAUAUACACCCAAAGGUUAUCCGAAACCUUUAAGAAUAUAUUUUAAGGACGCACCAUGGGUUCAAGAAAAUGAUGAUCAAGAGAAACUCGUAUUAUAUUUUGGUGAACUCGUUGAUGUAUGGGAAAUUG